UGAUGGGCGGGGACAUGAGAGCCGCAGGUGGGACGUGAAACUGGCCGCAUUUACCCCUAGUUUACCGACGAUCUCAUUUUCCGUGAGGAUUUGAGUGGUGCUUCUGAAAGACAUGGGAAAGCUUCAGGAAUUCGAGAUCACUUUCACUAAUAACAAAGUGGUCUACAACCCCGGGGAGUCCAUAUCAGGAACUGUGAGAAUUAAAACACACCACUCCUUACAGUUUAAAGCUAUUAAAGUCAACUGUGUGGGGUCGUGUGGCAUCUCGUCCAAGCUGAAUGAUGCAACAUGGAUGCUUGAGGAGAAGUACUUGAGCAGCACGCUGUCUGUGGCCGAUAAAGGUACUCUGUCAGCUGGCGAGCACAGUUUUCCUUUCCAGUUUGUCAUUCCAGCAUCCGUUCCAACCUCGUUCGAAGGCCCAUUUGGGAAGAUUUUGUACCAAAUUAGGGCAUUUAUUGACACACCACGUUUCUCAAAGGACUACAAGACCCAGCGACCCUUCUACCUUCUCAAUGUGCUCAACCUCAAUGAGUUGCCAGAUGUAGAGCAACCGAGCUGUGCUGUGACAACAAAAAAGUUUACCUACCUCCUGGUAAGAACAGGCACGCUCAUGCUGAAGGCCUGCAGUGAUCUAAGAGGAUACACUCCUGGACAGGUUAUCAAAUUAUCCACUGAGAUCCAUAACAAGUCUGGGAAAGACACUGGCUAUGUGAUGGCCAGCCUUAUUCAGAGAGUGUCGUAUAAAACAAAGCGGCCAGUUUUUGAUCUGCGGCCCAUCGCACAGGUGGAGGGUGCUGGGGUGAAGGGUGGUAAACAUGCAGAGUGGAGAGAACAGAUCAUCGUCCCUCCUCUUCCUCAAUCAGGCCUCACUGGCUGCAGCCUCAUAGAUAUUGAGUAUUUUAUCCAGGUUUCACUAAAAUCUCCAGAGGCUGUGGUCACGUUACCCAUCUACAUCGGGAACAUUGCUGUAAACUUGACUCCCUCCAUUCCUCACCCCAUCGCCCAAGGCACACCAGUGCCUGCCAUGCCAAGCCCCGUAGUCCCCAGCGCACCUCCUGCAGAGGACGGCCUGGAGGGUGAGCUGUGUGCAGGAGGAGUAGACAGCGAGGAGAUCCCCACCAAGAGUCAUUCUCAGCAGGAUCCGUCCGGCGUUACUCUCUCCAUGUAUCCAAGCAUGUUCGGUCAAGCAUCCGGUCCGCUCCCGUCGCAGAGCCAGCAGGCCGGCCAAUGCUCCGACGGCUCUGCUCCUCUGUUCUGUCUGUCCACAGGGGCCACCAUACCUUUCUUCACAGAUGGUAAUACAACACCAGUGCCCACUUCCUGUCCCCUCAUCCUGCCCCCUGAAUACAGCACCUGGGAAUACCCACUUGAGCCACCUCCCACUUAUGAGGAAAGCUGCAGUAGCAACGACUCCAGCUUCAACAGUAGCAUGAGGUAGACCCCUUAGAGGUCUCGCUUCUUCAUCAUGCCAUUCAUCUUCUGCCCCCUGCUGGACGGUACAGGCAUUGCUGCCAGCCCAUAAACCUGGCCCUUCUUCUCCAUGAACCAAAUGUUUCAAACACAUAAAGGAUUGUUUCCUUCAUUUUAAAUUAAUCCCUUCAGAUUACCCUUUCAACCCUGAAGAAAACAACCUUGAAACCGUACAGGGAGAAUGUUUCCGUGCCUAAGAAGAUGUAGCACUCUUGAGCAUCCCCAAGAUGAGACACGCUCAGAGUUCUUGACUAACGAAUACCAGCAUCUGUAACAUUAUGAAGUGAAAGUUACACUGAAAAUUCUUUUUCAUUCAACCGAGCCUGGCCUUAGGUAAAUCUUAUCACAAAACACGCUCUGUAAAAUCUGACUUAACGCAGAAAUAUAAUGCUGCCUGACUGAAAGUCUUAAGGAAAAAAUAUUCCUUUCCUUGUGAUGCUCAUUAUGCUUCUGCCAGCAUAAAUGGCUCUUGACAGAGACACCGGGCCACAGAGAAAGUUACUCUGGAAAGAACAAGUUUUAUUUACUGAUCAUGAUCGUAUGUUGUAGGGUUUCAUUUGACUUUUUAAAACCCAUCUCAUCACCCAAUGGACACUGUGUGGAUACAGCUUUGGAAUACCAGUGUAGUCAGCUAUCUUGGGCAAAUAUGUCAUCAUCACUUGGCCAAAUGGUAGCCAGUGUCCCUUAAAUGGUUAAGUGAACAAUAUAUUACAUAUCAUUUUUAAUGAAAACUAGUUAUAUGUUCAUUUUAUUUCAGGCUGUCAAGAUUUUAGGAUGACACUUCAGACUUCUGACUCUGUAUUUUUAUUACCUUGUUUAACAUAAAACAAACAAAAUAAUCAUUAAUCAUCAUUCAUUAUUUUUUCAAAGUAUUUCGAAGUACUGAUGUGUUUUUUUUUUACUGUGCGUAAUAUGUUUGAUUUUGGACAUUUUUGAUGUGCAUCAUUUGAAAUCUGAUUCGAACUGGACAAAUGUACUUUGUAUGUGACUUUUUUGGUCUUAUCCAUUGAUAUUUCUCAUACUAACCCACAGUGACCAGAGAUUUAUGAUGGAUUUCCGGUGAGGCCUUCCGCUGUAUUUGGAUUAUGUACCUUCCUUUUAAUAUGGCAAACACUUUUUUUUUUCCAAAACACUUGUCCAGACCCUUGAACUGUUGAAGAAAUUGAAAAAUUGAAGCACAAAAGGCACUUUUUAUGUGUGUGUGUCUUUGUGUGUGUGUGUAUGUGUGUGUCUGUGUAUGUUUUCUCAAAUCCUUCUCCAAAAUCUAAAUGAUAAACUACAAUUUCUAGUUGGGUGUUAUACUAAGUUUAGUACUUGAUUCAGCCAACAAAGGAAGUGCAAUUCAGAACAGCCCUACAGAACAGAAAUGUUUUACAUUAUUUAGUAUGAAGCAAAUUUAGAAGACAUGUUUUCAGUACUAAAUCCUGGGAUAUUCUAUAUCCUUUUCCAUCUGUCUCUUGAGUAUCUGUUUAAAAUGUAUGUUGCACUACCUACUAUUUACAGUGCUGACAGAGAAAAAUCCAUUUGCAUCCUUUAUACAGUAUAUCAAAAUUUAACCAUGAAAAGGUAAUGCAUUCAUGUGCUAAUAUGUAUAUUACUUAAAAGGAAUGAACAAAAAUUAAAAAAGCUUCACUUUAUUUUCAUCAAGAGGAUUACAUUUCUAGCCUCUAUACUUUUUGAUAAAAAAAAACAGACAUAAAACCUAGCAUUUAUUCUCCGUCUAUAUUUUUGUCUAUUAUUAUUGUGCAAAGGUUAUUGUAAGAAUAAUAGAAAGUGUUAGUGAAAUAACUGAACUAUUCCAUAACACAGAAAAACUGUCAUAACAACAUAGUAUUUUUUUCAGAAUGCUUUAAGAAGGUUUUUUUUUUUUUUUUAAGGCUACAAAAAGCCUGCAAGUUUUUUUUUUUUCAUUACUUUACCUUAUAUUUUGUUACAAUUUUCAGCAAAGGAAAUUGGGGUAAAUUGACGUCAGAUUGUGAUUGAUUGUGAAAAUUGUAUUUAAAGCAUUUAUAUUUGUAGCAUGAAAUGGAUCAAUGUAAUUUACUAACAGUUAAACAUUCUAUAAGCGAUAUAAUGUUUAAAGUCAUUUAAAAAAAUGUACAUUUGAAUAAUCUAGUAAAACUGCAGAAGGUACAGAUUAUAUAUAGUGACCCAUUCAUAUUCAUAUCAAGGGAUCUCUUCACUUUGCUGAUUUUAUUGCAGGAGGCCACUGUGAAUUUUAACGGUGAAGAUAAAUUUCUGAUUGUAUCUUCACUGCAAGCACCACUAUGUUAAAACUGCACAAAUGUUAAAAACAUUCAAACAAAAAUAAGACAUCUCUAGUUGAUUUAUUUGAAUGUAAUGUUUAUAAUCGAAAUCAAGUAAAGAAACCCCUGACUUGAACACCUAUUCUGUAUUUUAAACCACAUUUUGCCUUAAAUGUGAAGCUGAUGUGUCCCUGGUCCCAUCGUAAUUGUUAAAAGACAAUUACUUACAAUUAACAUUGCAUCGCUUUUACUGUGCCUCUCAAAAGAGUAAUUGGGGAUAUUAGAUAGUUAUUAAGGCACUGUAGGUCAAAGAAAUUCUUAAAAUGUGCAAGUCCUUCAUUUUUGAAAGUGGUGACAUUUAGAGCUGAAACAACGAAUCGAUUUAAUCGAUUAAAAUCGACUAUUAAAAUAGUUGUCAACUAAUUUAGUAAUCGAUUCGUCGCUAAAUAAAUUUUAUUUGCCAUAAGCGGCUCAUUUCGUGCAUAUUUCAAAUCUGCGGUGACCAAAGUGUGGCAGUAAUGAGCCACCGGAGGUUUUACUCAGCCAGUACAGCAGGUGAAGUAGCGAAUAGCCAAUAGCUGGCCUCGUUUUAUGUCACGUGCUUCCCGAACAGCGUCUCUGCAGCAUUCAGCGGGAAGUGGGAGUACUUUACUUUGAGCCUUCAAAAUGAAGAGUAACCUGUAAACUCUGCACUACUGAACUGUUUAAGGGGCCGUUCACAUAUCGUGUCUUUUGCGUGCUCAAGUUCGUUAUUUCCAAUGUAGGCGCGCAGUAUGCACUCUCAUAAUGGAAGCGACGCGGUCGCGACACGCACGCGGUGCGAUGCGCCCGUUUUUCCAGGCGCGUCCACACCGCAUCCAUUUAUCCUUUGCUGAAAUUUCUGGGUCUUCAUGGAGAGGGCACGUCAUGGUUGCUUAGCAAAGGCAGACGCCUAAGGGGCGCUUCUGCCCGAGCGCUUUGGAAAGAAGGAGAAAGCGGCGCGACUAGCGUUUUCCACGCGUUUUUAGGUGCGAUAUGUGAACGGCCCCUAAUGCUGUGUUCACACCAAACGCGAAUAGAGCGUCAAAUUCGCGUCUACCGCGCCUAGUUUGCCGCUUGACCAUUUUGAGAUCAUUCGCUUCAUUCGCGCGAGUAAUUCGCUUGAUUCGCGCGUGAAAUUAACUUCACAACAGACGCGAAUUCGCGUCAUGGGGGGGCUUCUGCCAGCUGAGUCCACGGAGCAUUUUCAACCGCCAUUUUUAUUCGGAUAAUUUUCAAAAUAUUACUGUUAUUGUGUCAUGAAAUGUAGUUUUAAAAGUAUUUCAGGCGAGAAUGUAGUUGUUUUAAACUCAAAUAUGCGGUUUAUUUAUAAUGACAGCGUCUAUUUAAAAAAUGUGUUUCGCCGAUCACGGAGAUGAGCUCCAUGCGAUCAGCGGGAGCUCCGUCAUCAUGUAUCCGCCGAGAGUAGCCUUACCUCGGCUAGAUCUUCUGACAUUUGCCGCUGGCUCUGAUGUGUCUGUAGUGGUUCAAGAUAAAAUAUAAUUCGUUUGGGGUAAAAUGAAACGUUUCUUAUCUUUGGCCUAUAUUCAAUUUAUCUAUUAAUAUGUUUUAUAUAUAUAUAUAUAGGUCAUUUUUAUUCCAGUCUCUAUAGAAAUAUGAACUUUUGUCAUAUAGCUCCGGUUGACUGCUCACUGACAACAUCUGUCGUUCCUCCUUGUUGAAUGAGUGGAGAAGGGUAUUCCUGCACAACCGGAGGCUGCAGGAACAUACUGUUGAAUGAGUGACUCCUAGCAGGCUCCUGAUUGGUUAACGCGGCGCGAAUUGACGCCAAAGUUCAAAUUUUUCAACUCGGGCGGCAGACGCGAAUUCGCGUCAAACGCUAAAUGCACAAAAAGCACCAUUCGCGCUUAACGCGCGUUUCGCGCGAAGCGCUCUAUUCGCGCGUCAAUUCGCGUCAUUCGCGCGAACUAGACGCGCGAAUGAGGCGAAUUCGCGUCUUCCGCGCCGCGCUUAACGCCCCAUUCGCGCCGCGAGACCUCCAGACGCGCGUAAACGCGCCUUUGCAUUGACUUAACAUUGAAAUCAUUCGCGCCAGACGCUCUAUUCGCGUUUGGUGUGAACACAGCAUAAGAAUUUGAUUUGUGCAGAUUCUCCAGUACAAGGUUGUUUGCAAAUGUUUAGUCGUAAAAGCUGAUAACAUUGCUUUUUAACAGUUAACAUUUAAAGCUUUACAAACAUGUUAUGUGAUCAGUUUGUCGUUUACCAGUUCAUAAUUCAGACUUGCAGCCUAAUUAUGACUGAAUGAGAGAGGUAAAUGUUUGAGUAUAUUUAAAAUGCACUUCUUUUCUAAGUAUUCACUGCUCUUUUUCACACAGCAGAUUUUUUGUGUGUGUCCCAAUUUUUUUUUUCUGGACAACCUUCUGAUGGAUUUUACUUUAAAUUGUGAGUUCCAUUCAGGUUUCAUGCCAUUGGCACUUUUUUUUCCGAAGGAUUGUUUACAAUUUCACAGCAUAAGCUAUAAAGCUUUUUCCAGUAAAUAAUAAAAUACAAUGCACUGCAAUUUUGUUCUGUUUUAUCCUUAUACUUCUUGAAAAUAUGUUCUCAAAGAUUCCUUAAGCUUUGUUUGGGACGUUAAACUACUUUAGGAGCUCUAAGGACUGCCAUGGUGAAAACAAUAUUUUAAAUCUCCUUGUGAAUUUUGCUAGAGUAUGGGUCAGUGUUUUGAUUGCAGAAGAGUUCGACAAAGGAUUACUAACAUAAUAAAACAACUCCAGGUAUAUUUUUGAUGAGGAUAUGACAAUGCAAAAUGGUUAAAAUCUCUUAAAAAUCUAUGCUGCUGAAUGAUAAAGACCCUUUAUUAAUAAUUUACUCGGGGAAAAAAUGGAAAAAACUAAAAUAUAAGUACAUAAACCGAUUAAUCGUAAAAAUAAUCGACAGAUUAAUCGAUUAUCAAAAUAAUCGUUAGUUGCAGCCCUAGUGACAUUGCAGUAUGGACUAAAUCGUAGUUGUUUUUUAUUUAAAUGUGCUAAGUUCAGUCUUUUCUUUUUCACCAAAGGUUCAACAGCUUUAUCAUGUUUUAUUUCAUCGUUGCCUGAUACUUUUCUUUCCCUGGAUUUUCCAGCAGGUUUUGAAAUAAAGGAGCAUGAUUGUGGAUCAGUGUUCUAUGUUAAGAUGUGACCGAAUGAAACUUGGACAGAAAAUAAAAUCACUUAAAUUCUCAGGUCCCAA